GGGAGGGAAAGACCGAGCACAGCUCAACAAGAGGCAGAGCAGCAGGAGCAGCAGCAGAGCAGGAGCAGCUGGUAUUCCGGUGAUUAAAUAGUUCUCAUAGCCUUUUUGCUGUACUGGGUCUGCUCCCUGGUGUAAUUCUCGUGUCCAAGAAGGAAGCUGCAUUUUAACGGUGUGCUGAACAGAGGUUUGAAUCAUUCCAGCUGGCUGCUUGUUUUGAAAAGGACAAUGUGUGUAUAAAUAAAAAGACUGUGCUGGAAGAGUUCAGAUGCUAGGACUGUCGCUAAAGAGUGCUCUCGGACUAUUGUAGAGGCAGACUGCCUGAACUGAAAGCUCCUUCUAAUUAACCUGGAGUUAAGUCAACCUGAAUACUGGAUAUCUCGUGUUAGUACUCCGGAUAAAUUCAAAUUAGAAAAAGAGACAGAAAAAAAAAAUGAAAGUCUUCUCUAGAUAAUGCUUAGAAUAUGCUACAGCAAUAAUUGGUAUUGGAUAUAUACAGAAUCUUUUCAGCUUUUUGCUCUCGUGGUCCAUUUCCUGCCAGCUUUAACUCAUCUGUGAACCCUCAAACAUUUUACAUGAUCUGCAAUGGUUACAUGAACCCCGGGGUAGCGGUAUUUGCACCAUCUCUUACCUUAUUCACUAUGGCACUUUAGGAAAAGACAUUGAAACAAGCUCCCAAAGCAUUAUUUUUAAAAAAUGAAUCUUAUCGUGAAGCUGCGAAGAAGUUUUCGAACAUUGAUUGUUUUGCUGGUGACCUUUUGCUUGCUGAGCAUUAUCAUUUCUGCCUAUUUCCUCUACUCCGGCUAUAAACAGGAAAUGGCGCUUAUUGAAACCACUGCCGAAGCAGAAUGCGCUGACAUCAAAAUUCUACCGUAUCGGUCAAUGGAUCUGAAAACAGUUAAACCUAUCGAUACAUCCAAAACUGAUCCCUCUGUCCUCCUCUUUGUGGAAAGCCAAUACUCUCAACUUGGUCAAGAUAUCGUAGCAAUCUUGGAAUCCAGCCGAUUUCAUUAUCACAUGGUCAUUGCCCCUGGCAAGGGAGACAUACCUCCUCUUACAUACAAUGGCAAAGGAAAAUAUGCCUUAGUCAUUUAUGAAAACAUUUUGAAGUAUGUGAGCAUGGAUUCAUGGAAUCGAGAGCUUUUAGAAAAAUACUGUGUGGAAUACAGUGUUAGUAUUAUUGGUUUUCAUAAAGCCAAUGAGAACAGCUUACCGAGUACACAAUUAAAAGGCUUUCCAUUAAACCUUUUCAACAAUAUAGCUCUUAAAGACUGUUUGGUCAAUCCUCAGUCUCCUUUGCUGCAUAUAACCAAAGCUCCCAGAGUUGAGAAAGGACCUCUUCCUGGGGAAGACUGGACUAUUUUCCAAUACAAUCAUUCAACCUACCAGCCUGUGCUUUUAACAGAAUUACAGUCAGAAAAAUCUCUUUCAUCUCUGUCCAGUAAAACACUCUAUGCGACAGUCAUUCAGGAUCUGGGACUUCACGAUGGAAUUCAACGAGUUCUUUUUGGCAACAACUUGAACUUCUGGCUACACAAACUCAUCUUCAUAGAUGCCAUCGCCUUUUUGUCAGGGAAGAGAUUGGCAUUGUCCUUGGAGAGAUACAUCCUUGUGGAUAUUGAUGAUAUAUUUGUUGGGAAGGAGGGAACAAGGAUGAAUGUCAAAGAUGUAAAGGCAUUACUAGAGACUCAAAAUUUACUGCGCACUCAGGUUGCAAAUUUUACCUUCAACCUUGGAUUUUCAGGGAAGUUUUACCACACAGGGACUGAAGAGGAAGAUAAAGGAGAUGACCUUUUGCUUAGAUCUGUGGAUGAGUUCUGGUGGUUUCCUCAUAUGUGGAGUCACAUGCAGCCCCACCUCUUCCAUAAUGAGUCAUCUUUAGUAGAGCAGAUGAUUCUCAACAAGGAAUUUGCACUGGAACAUGGAAUACCAAUCAACAUGGGCUAUGCUGUGGCACCCCAUCACUCAGGGGUCUACCCAGUUCACAUUCAGCUCUAUGCAGCUUGGAAGAAGGUCUGGGGCAUUCAGGUCACCAGCACUGAAGAGUAUCCACAUUUGAAACCUGCACGGUACAGGAAGGGUUUCAUUCACAACAGCAUCAUGGUCCUCCCUCGGCAGACAUGUGGGUUGUUCACUCACACUAUUUUCUACAAAGAGUAUCCAGGAGGACCUCAAGAACUGGAUAAAAGUAUCAGAGGAGGAGAACUUUUUCUGACAAUCCUCUUAAACCCAAUCAGCAUUUUCAUGACCCACUUGUCUAACUACGGGAAUGACCGCCUAGGGUUAUACACCUUUGUGAACUUGGCCAACUUUGUGCAUAGCUGGACCAACUUGAAGCUGCAAACUUUGCCUCCAGUGCAACUGGCUCACAAGUACUUCGAGCUCUUCCCUGACCAAAAAGACCCUCUCUGGCAGAAUCCAUGUGAUGAUAAACGACACAAAGACAUCUGGUCCAGAGAGAAAACGUGCGAUCACCUACCAAAAUUCCUUGUAAUUGGUCCGCAGAAAACAGGAACAACGGCACUUUACUUAUUCCUUCUUAUGCACCCUUCCAUCAUCAGCAAUCUCCCCAGUCCAAAAACAUUUGAGGAAGUUCAAUUUUUUAAUGGCAACAAUUAUCACAAAGGAAUUGACUGGUAUAUGGACUUCUUCCCUACUCCACCCAAUGUCACCAGUGAUUUUCUAUUUGAAAAGAGUGCUAAUUACUUCCAUUCAGAGGAAGCUCCAAAGCGAGCUGCAUCUCUCAUCCCAAAAGCCAAGAUUAUCACCAUCCUCAUCGACCCCUCAGACAGGGCAUACUCCUGGUACCAGCACCAACGAUCCCAUGAAGACCCAGCUGCCCUGAGGUUUAAUUUCUAUGAAGUUAUUUCAACCGAUCAUUGGGCUCCAUCUGACCUUAAGACCUUGCAGAAGAGAUGCCUCAUUCCUGGAUGGUAUGCUGUGCACAUAGAGAGAUGGCUGACUUACUUUGACACUUCUCAGUUACUAAUUAUUGACGGACAGCAGCUGAGAUCUGACCCAGCUACUGUGAUGGAUGAAGUCCAGAAGUUUCUGGGAGUUACUCCUCAUUAUAAUUACUCUGAAGCAUUAACGUUUGAUCCUCAAAAGGGUUUCUGGUGUCAGCUACUGGAAGGCGGAAAGACCAAAUGCCUUGGGAAAGGCAAAGGACGAAAAUACCCACCCAUGGAUCCAGAGUCUAGAUCUUUCCUCUCUAACUACUACCGAGAUCAUAAUGUGGAAUUGUCCAAACUGCUGCAUCGAUUGGGGCAGCCUCUGCCCUCCUGGCUGAGACAAGAGUUGCAGAAAGUCAGAUAGCACUGGAGACAAGACCUGAGGCUCUCAAGAUACUUUUA